CAGAGAGGGAUGGGACGAAGAGGAGGUGACAGCACAGCUCACUGCAGCACGGGGACAGCCAGGAGGGGCCGCCAAAUCCCCACCACCAUCACCACCACCACCCUGCAACCCCCCUCAUCCCCAUCCCAUCCUUCCGCUCCCUUCCUUUCUUUCUCCCUCCCUCCAUCCCUCCCUACCAUUGCGGCCUCCGGGAGGGGGAUGCGAGCCGUGGGGGUGCUGGGGCUGGGGGCCCUGCUGGCCUGGCUGCCCCCUGCCCACACCGACACUUUCUCAGCUCUGCGCAGCGUCCGUCAGGCGCGGGGCAAUGAGGGGCGGCUGCUGCGGAGGCUCCGUGCGUAUCUCCGCGAGGAGAGCGCCCGGCUCCGCCGCCUGAGCAGGUUCUAUGAGAAGGUGCGGGCACUGCACCAGGACCCCGGCGCCUCGGUGGACAACCCUUUGUCGGCCUUCAGCCUCAUCAAGCGCCUGAGCUCCGACUGGCCCAGCGUCGUCUACAGCAGCGAGGCCACUGAAAACAGCCGUGCUCUCCACAUCGGAUUCCAGGAGUUGCAGAGGGAGCUGCCCGGAGCUGAGGACCUGGACGGGGCGGCGCGGGCGCUGAUGCGGCUGCAGGACGUCUACGCGCUCAGCGUCAAGGGCAUGGCCAACGGCCUCUUCCAGCCCACCAGCACUGACCGCCCUCCCCUCUACAGCCCUGGUCGGCGUGUCUCACUCUCGGCCGAUGACUGCUUCCACGUGGGCAAGGUGGCCUAUGACACAGGUGACUUCUACCACUCCAUCGCGUGGCUGGAAGAGGCCGUCAGCCGCUUUCGCCUCUCCUAUGGCAGCUGGAACCCAGAGGAGGAGCGGGGCAGCCUGGAGGAUGCGCUGGACUACCUGGCUUUCUCCUACUUCAUGGCUGGAAACAUCUCCCAUGCGUUGACUCUCUCCAGGGAGUUUCUCCACUAUGAUCCCAGCAACCAGAGGGUAACAACGAACGUGGCCAAGUAUGAGAAGCUGCUGGCAACACAUGGGGACCGUGUGGGGAGACCCCUGCAGCGCCCCAACGUCACCCAGCUGCAGAACCGAGACGCCUACGAGGAGCUGUGCCAGGGCCUGGGGGCACAGAUGGCCCCGGAGCAGCCCUCACACCUUGGCUGCUCCUACGAGACCAACGGCAGCCCCUACCUCCUGCUGCAGCCUGCCAAGAAGGAAACGCUGCGGCUCCAGCCCUACAUUGUGCUGUACCACGACUUCGUCAGCGAUGCCGAGGCUGAGACCAUUAAGGGACUGGCAGGGCCCUGGCUGCAGAGAUCCGUGGUCGCCUCUGGAGAGAAGCAGCAGAAAGUGGAGUAUCGGAUAAGCAAGAGUGCCUGGCUGAAGGACACAGCCGACCCAGUGGUGCGGGCACUGGAGCUGCGCAUGGCGGCCAUCACCGGCCUGGACCUGCGGCCACCCUACGCUGAGUACCUGCAGGUGGUCAACUAUGGUCUCGGCGGCCACUACGAGCCCCACUUCGACCACGCCACGUCCAGGAAGAGCCCCCUUUACAGAAUGAAGUCGGGCAACAGGAUUGCCACGGUCAUGAUCUACCUGAGUGCAGUGGAGGCAGGUGGCUCCACUGCCUUCAUCUACGCCAACUUCAGCGUGCCAGUGGUUAAGAACGCAGCCUUGUUCUGGUGGAACCUGCGAAGGAAUGGCGACGGUGACGGGGACACCCUACACGCUGGAUGCCCCGUGCUGGCUGGGGACAAGUGGGUGGCAAACAAGUGGAUCCAUGAGUAUGGGCAGGAGUUCCGGCGGCCGUGCAGCCGGGAUCCCCGGGACUGAGCGAGCAGCUGGGCUCAAGGAUGCAGCUCCUGACCUGGCUGCUGUCGUUGUCACCACGGCAGUGAAAAGCCUCCCCAGCACAGCGCAGCUCCACUGGGGUUCAUCCAUGAGGAGAAGAGGGUGCUGCAGGGGGAGGAGGUGCUUUGUUGAGCUGUGGCUUCCCUCUGGGAAAUCUGUUGAAAAUAAAAUCGAAGGAGACUCAACUGGA